AUAUCCCAAAUCUCUGCAAGACGUGAUUGAGGGAGAUGUGGUUGGGCCAGGGUACCACUCACUAGUCAAGCAAUUGCAAUACAGGGUAGACAAUGUAAAGCGGUCCUCAAUCCCAAAAAUAAGAAAACGAAAGCAUUGCACUGAUGAGUCCGAUACAGACGAAGUCCCUCCAGAAAAGAAAGCAGCAAUCCAGGAUACAUAUGGGUGCAUUAACUGGGACGUAAAAUUUCUGCCCCUUGGAGAGACCCCAGAGAGCCAACAAGAAAAGAAUGAAAAACUAAAGAGGAUGUCUCAGCAAACCAAUGCAAAUUCACAGGAUGUCAAGCUUUUAAUGAGAGCAACUUUCUACACACAGCGCAAACAAGUCAACCAGGGGAAAAAUAUUAAAUUCCUUCUGGAAGAAUGGCCAUUUUGGUUUGACGAACUUGGCAUGGCUUUCCACUUUAAGGAGCUCACUGGAAUUGGCCUAAAAGAAACAUUCACACGAAAUGUGGAUCUGAAGGGGAAACGGCUCCUGAACUACUUAAAUACUGUGUGUGUGAACAGAAAAAAGAAGUUCCUCCAGGCUGUAACAAAGUGUAAAGUGAUGAGGGGAGAGCUAAGUGGUUGCUCUGAAGAUGUCAAAGAGAUUGUGCUGCUUCUGCUGUCCUACUUCGAUGAGAAGGAAGAUUCGAUGUUCUCUUAUGUGGAUGACACAUGCCUGGCAGGAGAAGUACAGUUGGACCAAGUUCAGCUGACUCCCACCAUCAUUGUGUGUGCUAUUAUUGCUUCAACAUUGCUUAUCCAUCAGAGCUGGCAUCAACCCUGGAGUUUCUGCAGAGGUGUUUCUUCUCAAUCAACCCAGAGAAAGGCACUAAAGUGGAGAAGACCAGCAUAUCCCGUCUUCCUGUGAACCCUAGAGUGCUUACCUUGAUUCAGGAACUUUCAGAUCAUGAAUGGCGUGA